AUGAUGUAUGAGCCGGAGCACAACCGGCAUAUCCGGGCACCUACUGUGUCCCAACAUUCCACCACUCAGCGCCGCGACAAUGUGUUCGAGGACAUCCAUAUUGACGAAGAUGUCUUCCAAUUUAUCGGCUCUACGGGCAGUCACACGACAUUCGCGAAGAAUAUCUCGGCCAAAUUGCGAACAGUCCAAUGCCUUGGAGAACUAUCUGAAUCCUCUCUUCAGAAAAUUAACGAUCGCAGACCUACGGCCGAAACAGGCACAGGCCCAGAGUCGACGACGAAUAAGUUUGCGCAGCAUGGAAAGGGUCAAACGCUAGGAAUAGGUGCCGCAGACUUUGUGCCGCGAAAAAUCUUUGAUCAAGUAAGCUGA